CACUGGUGUGCCCUGUGCUCUCUUCCGUCCCUCCAAUGGCGGAAUCAGCUCAGAAUGGAAGCGAAAAUGGUAGAGGAAGAGAAGGAGGAGAAGGAGAAGAGGCAGAUUACAUGGGAGACCUCUCUCUGCUACUUCCUCCCGAAGCAUCGGAGCCACCGAAAUCUUCUGCCAGAAAGAUCCCGAAUGAUAAACCCAUGACGGUUCAACCUCCCAAGAAGAAAUCCAAGCUCCUCAGCUGGCAAGAACAACGUAAACUCGAAAGAGAGCGGAAGCAACAAGAGGAGGAUGAGCAGACUCUAGCGAACAUCGAGGCCCCAAUUCCACAAUCAAACAUUGGGUUCAAGCUGUUACAGCAGAUGGGCUACACUCCUGGUUCAGCCCUGGGAAAGGAAGGCUCAGGCCGUGCUGAACCUGUGGGACUUGAGAUUCGGCGGUCGCGGGCAGGGAUUGGGAGGGAGGACCCCCACAAGGAGAAGAAGAAGCAAGAAGAGUUUAUGGUUGAGAGGAAGACGAGAAAGGAAGAGUCUUUGAUGGCUGAUUUUGGGUCUAGGCAGAAGUCACAGUGGAGAACUCGGAGAGUGGUCAUUAAUUAUCACAAGGCAAAGGCCGCACUUGACCAAUUGGAGAACAAGGAAGUCUUGGAGCCGGAGAAGAAUGAUGAGGACCAGGAGUGUGAGCAGGAUGAAGAAGAAGAGGAAGUUAUAACAGAAGAGGAUUUGCUCAUGAUAUUGACGAAACUGAGAGAGGAGCAUAAUUACUGCCUUUUUUGUGGAUGUCAGUAUGAAUCCAAAGAAGAGCUCUUAUCCUACUGCCCAGGUACAGACGAAGAUGACCACUAGAAACAACAGGCUGAACAGGAUCACCAGCUGUUUGGAUGAGCUGGCUUCAACUCAAGAGACGAGAUACCAAGCUCCGUCCAGACCAGGGAAUUGCAAUUUGCACAUGCACUCUUGUCCGAUUUUUCAAAUCGAUCUUGUCUGUCAUCACGACACUGCUCUGUUGUAGGGUAAGUCAUUCGGGAUGGAGAGCAUAUGGUUGAUCUACAGACCUCUCUCGUUCAUUUGCUCAUCCAAGAAAAGGAGGCCAAGGUACAGGCAUUCGUGAUAUUACUUGCGCAAGAGCUAUGAACAGAUUUUACAACUGGGGAAAAAUUGAUCCAUGAUCGGCUGAGCUUGCCUUUAGUGGAGUUGAAAUUUCCAUCCUUAUGCCCUAUACUGCAGAUACUAUAAGAUUUCUGAUGGCAAAACUGAUUCUCGUGUCCCCGGGCUCCGAGGUUCCAUUGCCGGCCCGCAAUCCAAUCGCUACAGUUUUCACAUGUUCCAAGCAUGGAAUGUGGGGGUGUGCUGUGAUGUAAUAUGUUCUGGAGCCUGUGAUAUCUUUCAAACUUCUGGCACCAUUGUCAUACAAAGAGAUUACGACCUUUGACUCUUCCUCUUUCCAGAAUAUAGGGAUAUCAAAUCUUUAUUGUAACAGUGCCUACUAUGUAAAUGAUAUGAUAUAUAUGCAUACAUAUAUGAUGCAUAUGCUGAGGUCA